CACAGACGCCUUCCAAACAUUCCGCUCCUGUUUGCGAAGGUAUUUGAAAUUGAAAUAUUUCAGCCAACUUUGUGAUUUUCCGCCCAACGCAGUGGAGCGAUGUCGAAGGAAAACGAGACGCUCGAGAUCGAUAGUAAGGAAAACCUGGGGAUGAGGGUGAAGCGGAAGCGCAAAAAUGCGCACCCGGUGCGGAAGUAUUUCGCCCGCUCGGGGGAAACGCAGCAAAAGUGCACCUUCUGCGGCUGGCACACGGUGGAGAAUGCGACGCGGAUGGUGCAGCACAUCGCGAACCGUUGCGCGGACGUGCCGGACGCGGUGCGGAGCGAGAUCGCCGGCACGAUGCUGGACGCGGAAGAGCGGCUGCAGCAGUCAUCCUUCACGAACCACAACAAGAAAGCGAUCCACAACUACUUCCGCUCCAUCGACAACGAUCGGAAGCGCUGCUGUGUGUUUUGCAAGUGGACCACGGUCCUGAACCUGACCCGGAUGCGCCAGCACAUUACGCAGGCCUGCCACAGCGUCCCGACCGACAUCCAGCAGAGCUUCAUCAAGCAGGAGUACAUGGACGAGUCGGAGUGUGACACGUACUGCAUCAUCAAUGUGGACGAUGGCGAUCGCAAGGGGCUGCAGGUGGUGUCCAGCAGCGCGCUCGAUGCGGCCAACAAUGAGAGCGAACAGAUCCAGGAGGUGGUCAUCAAUGCGGAGGACGACUACGACACAAAGGAGGAGGGGGCGUUAACGUUCUACGAGGAAACCGUGCUGGAUACGAUCGCCGAGCUAAAUGCGGCCGACGAGGACAGUGUGGGUCCCACCAAGCUGGACAACGAACACACGGAGGUCGAGCUGUUAGUAGGCGAGCCGGUGGUCGAGGAGCUGGAACAGGUGGAGCUGGAUGAAAUCGAUGAUCUGGAGUACGUGCAUGUACCGGAAGGACGGUAUUACACGGUGAACAAAAGCAACGCCGAGAAGCGGCAAUUGUCGGCCAAAUCCUCCUCCAAGGACGAGGAGAUGGACGAACCGGUAGCAAAAAGGCGUCCCGAGGUGAAAGUUGUGACGAGUCGAUCGCUUCAGCAAAAGUCCCAGUCCAGUCGAGAGGAACAGAUCAGAAAGCUUCGCACCCGAUUCAAUGUGGCCGAAGCAUUGAGAAAGUCGAUACUCGUGAAGAAGGAGCCCGAAAAGCCUUUACCGACGAGAAGCACCUCAAUGGUUCCCAAAAAUGAAAAGCAACAAAACGACACCCAACCGCGACCUCGAAGUAAGACGAGCUCCUCCACUACUCCUACCUCCCAGGAGCAGCAGCAGCAGCAGCCGAAGAGUCCGCCGGAAACGAAGAAACCGAUGGCCACCUCGACUCCGUUCGUCAAACCCGCUCCUCAACAGCAGCAGGAGGGUGACGGUGCGGUGGCGGAUGAGCCCGGCUCCUGCCACUCGUUCGGCGGUGGGCAUGUGUACCCGCAGGAGGCGCCCCGCUUCGUCGACCACAAGCUGCAGUACACGAAGGCGGUCAUCUCCCGUCCAGCGCCCGCGUUCGAGGCCACCGCCGUCGUGGACGGUGCGUUCAAGAAGAUCAAGCUGUCCGACUACCGUGGCAAGUAUCUGGUGUUCUUCUUCUACCCGCUCGACUUUACGUUCGUGUGUCCGACGGAAAUUUUGGCCUUCUCCGACCGGGUGAACGAGUUCAAGAAGCUGAACGCGGAGGUGAUUGCGGCCAGCAUCGAUUCGCACUUCACGCAUCUGGCCUGGAUCAACACGCCGCGCAAGGAGGGCGGGCUGGGCAAGAUCAACAUUCCGCUCGUGAGCGACAUCACGCACAGCAUCUCGAAGGAUUACGGUGUGUUUUUGGACGAUCUGGGCCACACCCUGCGUGGUCUGUUCAUUAUCGACGAUCGCGGUGUGCUGAGACAGAUUACCAUGAACGAUCUGCCAGUUGGUCGUUCCGUGGAUGAGACGCUCCGGUUAGUGCAAGCAUUCCAGUACACGGAUAAGCAUGGUGAGGUGUGCCCCGCCGGAUGGAAGCCGGGCCAGGAUACGAUCGUCCCCAAUCCUGAGGAAAAGAUUAAAUAUUUUGAGAAAAAUCAUUGACGAUAGCGUGGAGAGCAGUUUGUUGUAAAACGCGAAAAAUUUCAUGUUGGAUGUAAUGAAUUUUGUCCCUCUGUUGCCAACGAAAACAAUCAGCAGCGCCGGUGGAUGAGAGACUGUGAAGCGAUCUUCAAGAAAGAGUAUGAAUUAAAUAAAGGUUUUACUUAAACAUCGUAA